AUGUUGCAUCCGGUACAGCUGUCGACCAAUGAAAUUGGCGGUCACACGCCCUUCACACCCAUCACUCCCUGCGCUGGCGGUCUUGACGGAUCACCUACCCCCAAGCCGGCGGCCUCCAUUGGGUCUCCAACCUCGCCCUUUUCAAGGGCCAAAUUGAAGACUUCUUCACCCACAAAGCCCUCACCACCACCCCUUCCGACUGGCAAACAAUUCUCCCUGGAGGAAUUCAGGUUCGUGUAG